AUGGCGGCGGCGGCGGCCCAGCGUUCUCUGGCCGCCCUGAGGGGGAUCCUCUCGGGGGCCGCAGCCCGCCGGACCGCCCGCCCCGGACCGCGCCCCGUCCACGGCCGCGCCGGAGCCCCGCGGGGUCAAGCGGAGCCCGGACGGCUGCCCCCCGGGCUGGAGUACAUCCCCCAGAAGACGGCCAAGAACCCCAUGAGGCCCGUGGGUCUGGCCUGGGCCAUCGGCUUUCCGUGCGGCAUCCUCCUCUUCGUCUUCACCAAGCGCCAAGUGGACCGGAACCGGGCCAAGCAGCUCCGGGCGCGGCAGAACAUGCGGGCGUCAAACACGGGCGCCUACGAGCGCCAGCGAUACAUGGCCCGGGACUCGGGCACGACCCCUGCCCCCUAGCCCAGCCCAGCCCAGCCCCGCCCCAGCUCUCC